CUUCAAACCUCCCAUCAUUGACGAGCUAUCAACAACCAUCCCGCUGAGGUCAAUUGUCGCUCAACCGCCAUCAUGUCGACAAUCUCACGAACAUUGUCCAACCUGCGAAAGGUUGGAAUCAAGGACUACUUUGUCCAGAUGCUGUACAUCGGUGACACCAAGGCUGGUCGUCUGAUUGGCACCGAUCGCGCCGGCAACAAGUUCUUCGAGAACAACGAGGAACUCCCCCUCCGAACACGCUGGGUCGAGUACGCCAAGCACGAUUACGACGCCGCUCACAUUGAGCCCGGAUGGCACGCCUGGAUCAGCUACAGCGUCGACAAGCCUCCUACCGAGGAUCCUCUACUACAAGCUGGUGUCCGAGCCUUUGAGCCGUCACGCGCCAUCCCCAACUUUACCCAGACCCGUGGCGCUUUCAAGACUUACAACACUUCCAAGUCCAAGAUCUCAGCAUGGGAGCCUGUGGCGGCGCCUCGGGCAUGA